GAUGCGGUAGAAAAUAUCAAACAAAGGAUAUUACAACGAGAAAGGAAUGUGAUAAACUUGGCUAUGAAAGGAGUAAAUUGGAAAACAUAUUGUCAAUUUGAAGUUGCAGUUACAAGAGUUGAAAAAACCAGGAAAAUUCAUCUCAAACACUCAUGAUGAACAAGAGAUUCUCAACAAAAUCCAAAGCAUGUUGAAGAAGCAGAACACAGCUAGAGUUGUUAAUGAUUCAUACGAGCAACUAUUCAAUAUGCUUGAGAAGGAGUCUCUGCGUUUCGAUAAAACUCUGAAAAGCAUGGAAACGGACAGAGUUACCCAGGCGAAGUGCAUAGUGCGAGCCACUGAGACUGGCCAGGAGGCUUCUCAGAAACUAGCUGAACUCCAUGACUGUUAUAGACUCGAAGAGAGAAAACUGAGGAGAUUCAUGAAGAAAAUGGAUUUCACAACUAGGAAUUUGAAAUUAGAAUUGGAAACUAUCACCAAUAGCUGUCGUGAAUUUGGACAAGCGGAUAGUCUUAUUCUGUAUGAUGACGAAGAAGAAUUUAAUAAAGACUCAGUUGUACCAGACAAUUUGAAAGAAGAAUUGAUUGAGCUGGAAAAACAUCUACUACAUUUGAAGGAUAUCACCGAGGUUCUGACAAUUGCUGAUAUUUAUCCAAGAAUGAAACUGCAAAAUGACACUAGAAAUGCCUUGCUAGAUAUGGUCAAACAGCAAGAGUCGCUCGGAGAAAAACUACUGGAACAAAAUACCGAGUUAUUUGCUUGCUGCGAACAUCUUGAGCAGACAAUAGUGCCAUCCACAGAAAGUUUCAAGAUAGAACAACAGAAGUUGGUUGAAGAAACAAAUAAAAUGAUAGAAGAUAAGAAACUUGCAGAGAAAGAGAGAGAAUACAUAGGAGCAUAUGUGUCAGACAUAAGGAUGGGUUUGAUAACACUCAACAGAAAGUUGGACCGGGUUGAUAGGCUGUCAAGAUACGAAGCACAGUUGAAUAAAUUGGAGAAUCCAUGCGUUUCUGAGACCAAUGACAUACUUCCAUCUUCAACAACUGAUCCGCUUUCGAUUUUGGAAAGUGUGAACACAAAACUACUGAUGCUGGUAAAUAGGUACAAGCUGAUUGAUGUUCCGUUAACCAAUGCACAAUAUUUGAGAGGCAAAAAGAAACUUGAGCAGCAAAUCAUUCAGAUCAAUGCCACCGAAGUUGUGGAGGAUGUUUAUGAACACGCUAUGUCUGAGAUUCUGAAAGAAGUGGUAAUGAUAGAAGAUCCAUCAGUGCCAUCUAGAGCUGACAUAAAGAAACAGAGCGCCAGAAUUGUACGUUUGUUGGGAUCAGAAGAAUGAUCACAUUCAUUGAGUGAUAUUUAUAUGAAAGGAAUCAUCACUUUUUCUUCUUCACGAUACGUUUAUUAGCUCUUAAGCAAUAUAAUAAUCAUGCUCACAAUUAGUGAUGAAAAAUUCUAUGCUUGUUCAUUUCAUAAAUGUUUCAAGGACAAUUUCAACUUAUAGCUUUCAAUCCUAACAUCAAUUAUUAUUAUUGUUUUCAUCAAUAAUGUCGAGAACCGUUUGAAUUAUUUGACUCUUUCAAUUUUUCAAUUAUCGAUAAAUUGGAGUGAAAUUUUGAGGAUGUGAUUUUUCUUUCUAUUAAAAUGAUAAAUAUUUGAGGUUCGUUGAAAAAGACUCAUUUAUUUUUUGGUGCUAUGGAAUUUAUUGUAAUUAAAAAUUAAUAUAGUCAUGUUGAAUUAUUAUAGUUCUUUUUGAUUAUGGAAGUUUUCACUUGAAAAUAUUGUGAUUUGUGAGACAUUUGUCAUUUUUGAGUUUAGCAUUUUCACUUAAUCACAUAAAUAUAAUUAACAUAUAACUUUCAAUUAAAGCAUAUUCUUAAAACAAAUUUCUACAAAUUUUGUGCAAUGAGGUGAACUUAAUCUUCAUUUUAACUUGAAAGUGCAGUUUGUGUUAGUGAAUAAAAAAACAUAAUUUCAGAACAAGAUGAGAUUCCUCCACAACAUAGAGGUGAAUACCUCAAUAUUGGCUGUAAGACUUAUUUCAUGUAAAUAUCGUAUUCUUACUUCGUGUGAUAUGAUCUUAAGUAUAAAAGAUAAGUGAUUUGAGAAAAUGAUCAGAAUUACAGUAAUCUACUCAAAAACAACAUCAUCAGC